AUGGAUUCUUGCUGUGUGGCUUUGAAAAACAUCCAUUUGAGAAGACCAAGUGGUUUCUGCAAUGGUGGUUCUGGGUUUUUGGGGGAGAGGGUUAGAGGGAGUUUCAAUAACAGGCUUUGGGCUAAUCAAUUGAGAAUUAACAAGAGGAAGGUGAUACCUGGAGCUGUUCUUGCUGUUCUUACCUCAAAAGAUGCCGAGGCUAUCGCCUUGGUCUGUAACGGAAUCAACACUUUCAUUGAUCGUCAUCUUGUAAGAGGGGAAGAAAUAUCACCGGCUUUUCUAAAAGCAAUUGAAGACUCGAGAAUUUCGGUCAUUGUAUUCUCAGAAAACUAUGCAUCCUCAAGAUGGUGCUUGGAUGAGCUCGUACAUAUCCGUGAAUGUAGAAAGUCAAGGCAGCAAAUAGUUUGGCCAGUUUUUUAUAAGGUGGAUCCGUCUCAUGUACGAAAUCAAACGAGUAGUUUCGGUGACGCAUUUACAGGACUUGAGUGCAAACACAAGGACGAGGAGAAGAUCCUCUUAUGGAGGAGUGCUCUUAAAGAAGUUGCAAAUUUGUCAGGACAUACUGUCAAAGAGGGAGAAUAUGAAGCUACAUUUAUCAAUAAGAUUGUUAAGGAGAUCUUAGUCGAAGUACUACAACGCACAUAUUUGAAUGUGGCCAAAUACCCAGUUGGAAUACAAUCUUGUGCAGAAGAGGUGGAAGAGAUUUUAGAUGUCGGUGAAAAUGGUCGUUGUGUGGUUGGGAUUUGGGGGACAUCUGGAAUUGGCAAGACAACAAUUGCAAAAGCUGUUUAUAAUGCAAUUGCUCAUAAGUUUGAAGGUAGUUGUUUCCUGGCAGAUGUGAGAGAAACAUCGACAUCACAUGAAGGCGUAAUCAAACUACAAAACACUCUUCUAUCUAAAGUUCUACGCGGUAUAGAGUUGAAAAUUGACGAUGUUCAUCACGGAAUCAGCCUUAUAGAGAAAUUGUUGAGGCGAAAGAAGAUUCUCUUAAUUCUUGAUGAUGUGGAUGAAUUGGAGCAGUUAAACAACUUGGUUGAAGUCGAUUGGUUUGGUGAGGGUAGCAGAGUGAUCAUAACCACAAAAGAUAGAGGAUUGCUAGAAUCUUAUGGAGUCAAGUUGAUAUACAAGGUCCAAAAGUUAGAAAAUGACAAGGCUCUUGAGCUUUUAAGUUUGAAUGCCUUCACAAGAAAAGAACCUUCACAAGAUUAUUUGAGCCUCGCACGACGUGCAAUAGCCUAUGCUCAAGGCCUUCCAUUAGCUCUUAAUCUUAUAGGUUCUUAUUUGCGUAAUAAAAAUAUAGAUCGUUGGCAAGCUAUAUUGGAUAGUUACAACUCUUAUGAAGGAGAACCUUAUAGAGGAAUUCAAAGAACACUUCGAAAAAGUUAUGAUGCCUGGGAUUAUGUCGUGCAACAAGUGUUCCUAGACAUUGCAUGCUUCUUCAAGGGUGAAGAUAAAGACUAUGUGUUACAAGUAUUAAGAAGUUCGAAGCUCAAUGUACCUGAAGAUUGUAUUGAAGUACUUGUUGAGAAUGCCAUCAUAACUAUUGAAGAUAAUAGGAUUUUGAUGCAUGACUUACUAGAAAAAAUGGGUAAGCGUAUAGUUCGUGAAGAAUCGCCCAAUGAACCAGGGAAACGUAGCAGGUUGUGGUUUCAUGAAGAUGUGUACAAUGUUCUAAUUGAAAAUCAAGGAACAUGGAAAAUUAAAGGCAUUGUGGUGAAGUUGCCCGAACCAGAUGUGAUACCCUUGAAUCCAAAAAGCUUCUUGCGGAUGGUCAAUCUUGAAUUUUUUAUAAAUCGUAAUGCACGUUUUUCUGGACACGUUGAUUAUCUGCCCAACAAUUUGAGGUGGAUUGAAUUGGAUGGACCUAUGUUUCAUUAUUUGGGAUCCAAUAUUCUUCAAAAGCAUACCAUUACGUUCAAUUUGCCAUCCAAUUAUCAUCCAAGGAAUCUUGUCACGUUUUAUAUGCCAUACAGUGGCAUCAGACAAUUGAAGGGAUUUAAGAAUUUGGCAAAGCUUACAUCAAUGAAUUUAAGUGGUUGCGAAUUCUUGAAAAGAAUCCCCGACUUAUCCGGAAGCCCAAACUUAAGGGACUUGAAUCUAAGUAAUUGUAAAAGUUUGGUUGAGGUUGAUGAUUCUAUUGGAUUCCUCGAUAAACUUGAAGAUCUGAGUCUUCGUGGGUGCUCUAAGCUUAUGAAGUUUGCAACAAGACUUGGAUUGAGAUCGCUUCAAGUGUUAUCUCUUUGUGAGUGCACAAGACUUAAGACUUUCCCAGAAAUAGAGGAGGGCAAGAUGGAAUCCCUAUGGUAUUUGGAUAUAGAAAAAAGUGGCAUAAGAAAAUUGCCUUCAUCAUUUGCAUAUCUUACUGGGCUUGGAACAUUGAAAGGAAAUGGUUGCGAGAACCUUACAAAUAUAUCAUUACGUCAUUACAUCAAUGUUGAUUUCCUUGAAUGCUCAAAAGUCGUGACCGAAUCUCAACUGCUUUCAACUGACUCAGAUGACAACUGUAUCACAUUAGCCUUUCCUAAGUUACAUUAUCUUGGUUUUAGAGGAUGCAAUUUAUCAGAAAGUGAUUUUCUUGUGCCUUUUAAUUGCUGGUCCACAUUAGCAGAACUUGAUCUGUCGAGAAACAAUUUUGUUAGUCUUCCGGAUUGCAUUAGUAAAUUUGUCAACUUGGAGACACUUUCAUUAAGCGGUUGCAAGAGGUUUCGGGAAAUUCCACAAGUCCUUCCAUCAAAACUAGUUGAGUUAUAUCUGGAUGAUUGCACAUCUCUGGAGAAAAUUCCACCACUACCCCCGAUGCUUAGGAUUUUGGAUUUGUGUAACUGCUUUGGACUGAGUGGCGAUGAGGUGGAAAAGUUGAAAAAUAAUUUGUUGAACUUCAAUCAGGAACGUCUUUGGUGGUCUAACUUGCAAGUUUUUUAUCAAGGCAAUGAAGUUCCAAAGUGGUUCAGUUAUACUUCUAACCAUCCCACACCUAUUAGGAUUGAACAGUUUAUGGUACAUGAAUGGCAUAUGAACCAUCCCACGCGCAUUACAAUCGAACAACUACCAGUAUAUGAAUGGAAAGAGGAAUUUGUUGGUGGCAGUGAAUUUUGUUUUGAAAUUCCUCUAAAUUUACAAGUGGGCGAGACGUUAUUCAGAUUGGCUCUAUCUUUUGUUUUUGAACCACCGACUUAUCAUCCUCAUUAUACUUGUAUUCUCAUCAACAGAGUACAACAGUGUAGACCUAUGUUAUGGGAUCAUAAUGACUUAAAUGACGUAAAUGACAUAAAUGACAUCGAGGCAACCCAUGUGUGGCUUGCGUUAGUGGAUUUGAAGGCGAAGCAACAGCAAGGAGAUAAUUGUCAAGUUAUAUUUUAUUUCCCCAGAGGCGCACGCAUUAAAAGCUGUGGGUUGCACUUCCUAUUGCGCAACCAAGACAAACAUCUUCACUUGUCUUUGGGACCAACAAAUAGUCUUGGGAAGAGGCCUCGUCCACAUGGACUAUCAGAUAUCGUUGAUGAUUCAUAUGAUCCGAAACAACAAUGGUUUUCCUUAUCUUCGACGCCAAUGGAUGAUCAUUCGAAACACAGGCAGAUUGAUCUCAAUGUUCCUAUUGAUAUUGAGGAGGAGCAAGAGCAGCCGUCCACUCCAGAUGAUCCACAAUUUCUAAUUUAUUAG